AUGCAUACUCAGUCUGUGGUUUCUUGCAGAAUGGAACAUGAGGCCUUCCAGCUAGAAAAGCAGCAUGUCCAUCAGGUCUACGAAAGCACAGCCUCUUAUUUCAAUGACUUACAAGACAAAGCGUGGCCUCGUGUCCGGCAGUUUUUACUUGAACAGAAGCCUGGCAGCCUGAUUGCAGAUAUUGGUUGUGGGAUUGGAAAAUAUCUUGAUGUCAACCACCUAGUAUAUAACCUUGGAUGCGAUUAUUGUGGCCCCUUAAUCGAGAUUGCAAGAAGUAAAGGCUGUGAAGUGAUGAUCUGUGAUAACCUACACCUCCCUUUUCGGGAUUUGUGCUUCAAUGCCAUCAUCUCAGUGGGAGUGAUUCAUCAUUUCUCCACAAAACGAAGACGAAUCCAGGCGAUCCAAGAAAUGGUCAGGGUGCUGGUUCCCGGUGGCCAAAUGAUGAUUUAUGUCUGGGCUAUGGAGCAAAAAACCCGACAUUUUGAGAAACAAGAUGUAUUUGUUCCUUGGAACAAAGCCUUGUGUUCUCGCUUGCUUUCAGAAUCCAAUAAACCCGGGCCUAAAACUGAUACCGCACCCGCUAUGGAAUCUCAGACCACGCACUCAAAACCACCGAUGGAUUUAAAAGGCCGUCAGCCUGGUCCCUUUGAUCAGAAACCCCCUCUGAAAUUGGGUAACUGCCUCUCCGGGUCCUGCUGCGUGAAAAUUUCUGCCGACGAAGAAAAGCGAUUUUACGGUGCCCUGGGGAGAUCUUUCCGUUCCUGGUUUUCCUCCAGAUCUCUUGACGAAUCUGCCUUAAGAAAGCAACAUGACAAGAUGGAUCCCUUGAAGGAUGCAGUGGGAUGGACAAGCAGCGCCAUUUCUGUCCAGCCCCUCAGGCACUGCAGCGUAGACUUAGGGUGUGAGUCAGUACUUCUCGGAGAACAACAGCUCGAUCGCUAUGAUGAUGUGUUUACAAAGUGUGGAGCCCGGGAACAAAUCCAGUGGCUGGCAGCUUCGGGGUCCCUGAGGGGUUAUGAUGGGGAGCCGGCAACCUUAAUCCAACACCGCAACGGGGAAACCUCAUUUCUAAGGAGUUCUAUGGAAAACGUCAAGAACAGCCGUAACCAUCAAAGCAAUAGUCACUCCUUUGCGGGAAAACCCUUCAGAAGGAUUUCAUCCGUUAGCUCCAGCGAGUCUGUGGUUGAAUCAGCGGUGGCGGUAGGAGACUGCGCGGUUAACGGACAGGACACCAGAGCCUUUAUGCGCUAUUACCAUGUUUUCCGCGAAGGGGAGCUGUGCUCUCUGCUGGAAGAAAACAUCCCUGAGGUUCGCAUAGUAAGUUCAAGCUACGACCAUGGCAACUGGUGCAUUAUUGUGAAGAAAACGAUAAGCAACAGCUGAAAAGUUAAGCUGUCCGAAACGGCGAUCGAAGGAACGUUAUAUAUUUUGCGAGCCUUUUAUCACCCAUUUUGUGCACUGGUGCAGUUUGAAUACAAAGAUGCCACUAUGAAAGAAUAGCACUGAACGGUUUGUUGAAGAACAAGUUGUUGUUGUUGUUGUUGUUGUUUUAC